UUGAACGAGACGAACCAGAAGAAGCGAUAGAAAGAAAGUUUGAUUUCAUGGCGUCAACAGUAAUCUCUUCUGCUUCACUCAGUUCUUCUUCUUCAGCUGCUGCUUCAUUCUCCAAUGCAAAGAGAGACCAAUCGUCACCUCUCAGCUUGAAAUCACCCAAUUUACCUUCUUCUUCGUUAAUUGGCGCCAAACUUAACUUCAGAACAUCAUCAUCGUCGUCCCUUAGGCAUCUGAGCAACACUAAUCGGAGUAUCAUCAAAUGUUCCGCUUCCGUCCUUCCUUCUGCUCUUCUCUUCGAUUGUGACGGUGUUCUCGUCGACACUGAGAAGGAUGGACACCGCAUUUCUUUCAACGACACUUUCGCUGAGAGGGAAUUGGGUGUGACAUGGGAUGUGGAUUUAUACGGAGAAUUGCUCAAGAUUGGGGGUGGAAAAGAAAGGAUGACGGCUUACUUUAACAAAACUAGUUGGCCAGAUAAAGCUCCUAAGGAUGAAACUGAAAGAAAGGAAUUUAUUGCUUCUCUUCACAAAAGGAAGACUGAACUGUUCAUGGUCCUUAUUGAGAAGAAGCUGUUGCCUCUUCGACCAGGUGUUGCAAAGUUGGUUGACCAGGCUCUGACUAAAGGAGUAAAAGUGGCUGUGUGCAGUACAUCCAAUGAGAAGGCGGUCUCUGCAAUAGUUUCAUUCCUAUUAGGACCAGAAAGAGCAGAGAAAAUCCAAAUAUUUGCUGGGGAUGUGGUGCCUCGCAAGAAGCCUGAUCCAGCAAUUUAUAUAUUAGCGGCCAGCACCCUGGGAGUUGAACCAUCGAGUUGUGUGGUGGUGGAAGAUAGCGCCAUAGGUCUCGCAGCUGCUAAAUCUGCCGGAAUGAAAUGUAUUGUAACAAAAAGCGGUUACACUGCUGAUGAAGAUUUUGAGAAUGCAGAUGCAGUGUUUGAUUUCAUUGGAGAUCCUCCAACAGAACAGUUUGAUCUAGAUUUCUGUGGAAGCCUUCUCCAGAAGCAAUAUGUGAGCUAGUUUAAUUACUACUUAUCAAAUUUCAUGUAUAUCUUCAUCAUGGAUGUUAAUUUCAAAUAAUUAUAUAUAUAUAUGUAUCAUUUAGUGUC